AUGCCCUCGAUAAAGAAAGUAGCCGCCGCCGAGACUUACCCGCCAAGCUCCCCGCCACCGCCGCCAGUGGUGGUGGUGAGAAAGUACAAGGAAGAGAGUGACAAGGCGGCUGUAGAGGAACUCGAGCGGCGGUGUGAGGUGGGCCAGCCUGGAAAACCGUCCCUGGUCACCGACCUCAUGGGAGACCCGGCUGCGAGAGUUCGUAAUUUCACGAGGCUCGGUAUCGGCACAAAACUCGUUCGCGAAUUGGAAAAAUGGUGCAAACGAAACGGUGCCGAAUAUGCAUACAUGGCAACAGAAUACAACAACCAGCCUUCUCUAAAUUUGUUCACGAAGAAAUGCAACUAUGUCAAAUUUCGCAAUCCCAGCGUAUUAGUACAACCCGUUCAUCUACACUCCAAGCCGUUAUCCUCCGAUGUAAUGAUCGUUCGGAUUCCACCACAACUGGUGGAACUAGUCUAUCGAGACAUAUUUGCAAACUCUGAGUUCUUUCCGAAAGACAUCGACUGUCUACUAAGCAACAAACUCAGUCUAGGCACUUUCAUGGCCUUACCAAAGAAAUCCCUCUCGAAAUGGAACCCUAAAACCGACAAGUUGCCAUCCUCUUUUGCUAUCCUCAGCGUUUGGGACACUAAGGAGGUUUACAGGUUGCAAGUGAAGGGCGUCUCGGUCAUUACGCACAUCGCGUGCCUAGGGACUAGGGUUUUGGAUGCCAUGGUUCCAUGGCUAAAAAUCCCAUCUUUCCCUAAUGUGUUUGAGAAUUUCGGAUAUUAUUUCUUGUACGGGCUCUACAUGCAAGGCAGGGAAGGGUCUCGACUAAUGAGAAAUUUGUGCAAAUUCGCGUAUAAUAUGGCUAGAGCCGAUGUCGGUUGUAGGGUCGUGGUGGCCGAGGUAGGGCAAAUGGACCCUGUAAGAGAGGCCAUUCCACAUUGGAAGAAGUUCUCUUGGGACGAGGAUGUUUGGUGCAUAAAGCCACUUUUUGGGCAAGUUAAGGAAAAUAAUUACCAUGAAUGGUAUAGGUCUUCGGUUUCUUCUUCAGUUAUAUUUGUUGAUCCGCGUGAUAUUUGA